AUGGCCCAGCCACAAACCAGCUCGGCCACGGGCUCGCCCAUGCGCCUGGCCGAUGCCAUCCCCCAAGCCUCGGCCUCGGCCGUAGCCGCCGCCCUCACCAAUGACGACACCAUACUUUGUCGUGUGAGCAUCCCCGAACAAGAGCUUCAAAAGUGUCUUGUGUUCGACAAGACAGAAACUGUUUGGACAGCCAAGCAGCUUGUCCUCAACAAAUUGGCCAAGGUGCCCUUUGCCUGUCUCAGCCAUGUUCCUCCACCGCGCGCCAACGACAUUCCCGGCAAUAUCAAUUAUGGCCUCUACCUGCCUCCGGCCAACGGCCGAGCGGGCAAGUAUCUGAGCGAGGAACGCCUCUUGGGGGAUUAUGGCCUUGCUGGCCCCGUGUCAGAGUUGCAGUUCAAAUUGAAGCGUCGCAUCUACCUUUCCCUGCCCACCACCAGCAAGAGCCUGGCCAAACUUCACUCGCGCGCCAACGUUCGCAAGUUUUUCGAUGCCGUUGUAAAGCACAACUACGAGCGUGUCACAAAUAUGCUGGUUAAAGGCAUUGAUCCGAACAUGGUGGACGAUGAGAGUGGAGAAACACCUCUGACCAUUGCAGCCAAAGGCGACGACGUUGACAUGCUCGUCAUUCUUUACAACGGCGGUGCUCACCUUGACUUUCGGUCCCGCGAUGGCCUCACCCCAUUGCACAAGGCUGCGACCCGUGGCAUGUUCAAAUUUGUCGAGAAGCUCUUUGGUCUUGGCGGCUCACCUGACAUGCGCGAUAAAGAUGGAUUGACUGCCCUUUACCACUGUGCGAUGACGGGCGGAGGCAGCAAUCAAGUCCGCGCUGCCCAGCUGUUGCUCAAGUUUCGCUGUGAGGUUGGGCUCGUGGACCAUCAAGGCUGGACAGAACUCCAUCAAGCCGCCCGCUUUGGCCACGAGGCCCACAUGGAACUGCUGCUCAUGUACAAGGCCGACAUCAAUGCCAUCAACACCACGGGCAAUACCCCUUUACAUGUUUGUGCGACCUGGGACCAAGGCAAAGCUGCCGUCGUUCUCCUACGCCGAGGCGCCAACCCACGCCUCAAGAAUCGCGCCGGUGAAACCCCUGCAGACGUGGCCAUGAAAGCCGGUUCAGCCAAUUUUGCCAAGGCCUGUCGCAGUUUUGAUGCCAAUAGCAUCUCUCGCUACGCCGCAGAGCCCGUGUACAUGGUUCCGACAGUGGCCACGCCCCGCACAAAGCGAACUGUGGACGCCAAGCGUUUUCAUGCCUCUGGAUCGGUGCCCGAGCUUGAUCAAGGAGAUGUGCGAGCUCGCCAGCUCCGCGAGCAGGACAAAACGCCGCAGCGCAAUGGCCGUGCCCCCGAGGGCAAGAUGGACCUCAUUAUCAUGCGCGGAGACAAAGGCUUUGGCUUUCGACUCAGUGGUGCUACGCAUAGUGCCGCUGAGCAAACGGCUCAGGGCCAAUGGGUGCGCAACGUGGACCCAGAUGGCCAAGCCGCCCGGGCCGGCCUUCAGGCCGGUGACCGCCUUCUGGAGCUCAAUGGCGUCGACGUGUCCUUCUGGAGUCACCGCAAGGUGGUUGAUGAGAUCAAACGCAGUGGAGACGUGGUGGCCUUUCGCAUCGCUCGGCGCCUCUCUCCUGGGCCUGACGGUGCAUUUUCUAGCCUGAACGGGUCACCAGCCCAAACUUCUCCUCGGCCGCCCAUGGAGACCGUCAAGCCCCCUGCCUCGGCCUUGCUGCAGUCCGCCCUCGAGGCACGCCAGCGUUCGGAAACUGCUCCAGCACAGAGUCUGGGCAAGCACCGCCCCUUUCAACGCCCUGCACCACUCGACAUCAACACGCCGGUCCACACACCGCCCGCGCCGCCCGCGCCGCCCUCGCUAGCCUCCAUCCUCAACCAAGCCCCACCCCCAGCUCACCCAUCAGCCACAACCUCUUCGGGACAAGCUACUGUUGACGCAAACGUCAAGCUCCGGUCUGCUCCCUCCACGCCCCGUCCUUUGGUGGGCGCUGCGGGUGCGCGCGAGGACGGUGCCCUACCUGAGUUUCUGCGUGGACUGCACGAUGUCAAGCUCAAGCCCACGCCGAAGCGCCCUCUAGACGACAAAGAGCCCGAGUCUGAAGUGCUUUCCUCCGGGACUGAAGGCGGCACAAGCCUCGGUGACUCAACCCAGACCGCAGCUGAGCGCAUGGGAAUAUCAUUGCGAAAGACCAAUUCUCGUCUCUCGGGUAUCCGCCGCGAACGCUCCAAUUCCAUUGGUGACGCGCCUAGCCGCCAGGCCAGCAUCAAGGCCGCAACAUCGGCUGCGGUUGCCACCUCCCCCGCUGCCACCGCCACCUUCCGACGUGGCGAUACCAUGGAUCGGCCUGAGGACGAUUCGCCACCCCCUCGGCCUCGCGCCAAUACGCUCAAUUCGAUGCAGCUGGCCGCGUCUCUACGCAAGCCCCCGCCGGUAGCAGCCUUGCCACAUCAAAGCAAUGAUCAUCUCAGCAAUAGUUCACUGGACUCGGAUAUGGACACGACUGAUGACGAAGGGGACGAUGCCCCACCCCCGCCUCCCAAACCCGCCAAUAUUCAAGACCUGCUCCAGCGUCUUAAAGACGACUCUGCUGCUCCAGCUCACAUUACGCAGCAUCGCCAACAACAGGAACAACUGACGAGCCCGCCUUUGAACGGUUCUCCCGAGGCGCCUGCAGGAUCUACUCCAGGCAUCGCUGAACCCAAGUCCAGCAGUCCAGUCAUGAUGGCCGGUGUUCCACGACGCGCCACCAUGCCCGCUCUACCAGGCAGCUCGACCCGCGACUCGCGAGAGAUUGUAGCAGGUCCCGUCACAGUGCCCACUCCGCAAACCACUUCAAAUGCUGGCUCAAACCAGCCAUCCACAGUCGCUGUAGCACGCCCCCCACCGGUACAACCCAAGCCCAAGGCCGUAGGUCCUUCAGCUGGCCCCGCAGGAGCGCCGCCAGCCGUGCCGACCAAGCCCAAGCCUGCCCUUGCUACCUCUGACAGCGUUGUCCCGGCGUCUGCUCAGUCUGACAAGCAAGAAGGACCAUCCUCGCCUGUAAAGACCGGGAACGUGUCGAAGCCCAGUGCUGCACGCCGCGAGAUUGAUUUUGCUCUCGACUUUGCGCUGCCGCCACCACCGCUUCUGGACGACUUUGCCGGUAGCGACGAUCAAGUGGAUGCCCCAGACGAUGGCGAUUUCUUCAUCCCCCCACCACCGGUACUCGAUUUUGAGCCGGCAACACCCGACUCUGGGCCCAUUACGAUGCAGCUCCCACCACCGCCCGAGGCGUUCUUUGAGUUGCAAGGCUCGGACUCGUCAUCGGCUGAGUCACCAGCUCAAGCACCUCAACCACCACCGGCGACGGAUUCCCCGCCUCGCGCUUGGGUCCAUGCACCGCCUGCAGACUCAACUCCGCCAACGUCACUGCCGGCAGAUAAUGUGGAGAGCGAUGAUCUAGGACCAGCUCCACCUCUUCCGACAGAGGAGGCACCGGCCGCUACCAUGGUUAUGGCUGAUUUGGCCAAACUCUUGGAUCCGCGUUCAUCACGCUCAACAGUCGCUUCAACUUCCAGCUCAGAAGUGAGCGAUCUUGUGCCCGCAACGCGUCCCCACCGGUCUGCUCCCCCUCCACCAAAAGGCCGCUCCCCACAAGUCAGCCACGUCACCCCAGAAUGCGAUCUGGUAGCCAUCAGUGCUCGCGUCAUCUAUGCCUACGAGGCUCAGUUUGAAGAUGAGUUGCAACUGGAACCCGGAUCCAUUGUCACCUUGCUUGAGACGCCCGAUGGAGGGUGGUGGCGAGGAAAGCACAAAGGUGGUGAGGGCUGGUUUCCAUCCAAUUACGUGCGUCCAAACACGAUGCAGGCUGAGCCGACGUCGCGGGCGCAAGCACGACUAAGCCAACCGCUCUUCUCUCCGGCACCUCUGAGUACUGGCGUUCCUGCUGCUGGCCCCAAUGCUUCACAAAACAGUACGGCUAGAGCCAGUGCCGCAGGCAGCAGUGGAACGGCAUCACGCACCAUGUCCCCCACCUUUCGCGGCGGUGGGCCAGCCACCUCUUCUGCAGUUGCUGUAUCGCGAGACUCGGACCCCCAUCCCUCAGGGUUGCCGUUGCCAGCCAACACUUGGUCCGCUGAGCAAGUUGGUCAGUUUCUCACUUGGUUGCAGCUUGAGCAAUACGUCUCAAGCUUUGUUGAGAAUGAUAUCACCGGGGAGCAGCUGCUCGAUCUGGAAAAGGAUGACCUGAAGGAACUGGAGGUCACGGCGCUAGGCCACCGCAAGCGGCUUAUUAAAGCAGUGGCUGCGCUGCAGCCCUAUUCCGACGCCUAA